CAACCUGAUGCCACCACUUCCGGUAAGGCUACUUUUAGUGAUUUCAUUUCUGCCGUGGAGGUUACUCCCUCCUUCACUAAGAAUGAUGCACCAAAUUCAACUGCCUCCCGGCCGGAAGGACAACAUCCGACUAAAGAUACUGCCGCUAAAAAUACGGCCAAGAAAACUACCUCUUUUGCGGGGCUAUUCUGCUCCAAUCGCAAGCUCAUCGAAGAAAACAAACUCAGCAAAUUCGCAGUUGACGAUGGUCCUCUCACCUUGGGGCCCAGUGACGUGCUUGACGUCCGAAGCAAACUGGGUUUCUGCCUCGUCGGCUACAUUGCCGGUAAGUUCCCAGGACUAAAGGUGAUCCAUGCACUGUCCCAAUCUUGGGGAUCCAGCUUCCAACAACACGAGAGCGGUUGGUUAAUUUUCUGUUUUGCCCGAGAGGAGGAUAGGCAACGGAUUUUGGCCGAUGGACCCUACUUUGUAUAUGGACGUCUCCUACUUCUGAAGCACAUGCCAGAUUGCUUCGAAUUUAAAGAGGAUGAUAUCAGCCUAACACCGGUUUGGGCCACCCUCCCAUCACUCCCCCUUGAGUGCUGGCAUCCUAACGCGCUCGGCAAGAUAGGUUCUAGGGUUGGCAGUCCCAUUGCCAUGGAUUCCCUUACGAUGAAAAUGGAACGGGUAUCGUAUGCCAGAAUACUGGUAGAGGUUGAUUCGUCCAAAAAGCUCGUCGACCAAGUGGAGUUUGUUAUGCCAAACGGCAUAACCCGAAAGCAACCGGUCGUAUACGAGUUUACCCCCAAGUUUUGCACUGACUGCCACAGAUUCGACCACCUGUAG